UGGGAAUCAUUAAAGCCAACGGUUCCUUCUCGUGCGUUCUCUUCACACACUGCACAAAAAUUCAAACGAAUCGCUUGGAUAUGGAUGUCGGACGACGUCAUAGUCUAUCGUCUGAUUUCUAACGUCUAUAUAUAAUAAGCUAAGAGCGCAUUGUUUCGUCAAUUCAAUUUUAUUUAGCAGAAGCAUCUCGCGAGAGAAAGUGAGGAAUCAUGAAUCGUCAUAUCUGGUUGACACGGCGUUCAAGAAUCAAUAGGAAAUUGGAGGUGAAGAUUAGGGCAGGGAUUAAGCGAUUGAGGGAAGAGAUGGCAGAGAUUAGUGAGGAACAGAAAUGCAUUAGGGAGGGGCAUAGACAAGUGAGGAAGAAGUUUGACAAAAUCGAAGCAGAGCGUGAGCAAUUGUGGAAGGAAACAAAAUCAAUACAAAUGCAGAGUGCAGGCAUACAAGUGCGUUUAGGUCUUAUGGCUGGUAUCGUGAAAGCAAGAGCUCAAAAUGACUAUGAUUUGGCUGCUCAACUCACUCAGUCCCUCCGUGAUUUGUUGGCUAAGCAGAAUGAGCAAAUGCAUUGAAGAAUUCUACUGCAAAAAAAAACUGGACGUAACAAGGAGGACCAACUACAUCAACUGAAAUCAAAUCAAACAACCAGUACUGUCACUUUUCUGCUUUCUUUCCCUUCGUUGUCUUCUUUCGUUUGUCGAUAAGUCGUUGUGUUACCUAUGUGACAUGUAGUAUGCGUAUCCACAUGGGUCUCUCUGUUUAGUGUUUACCCUCAAGCUUGAUGUGUUAAAAAAUUAUGAUUAAUAAGUUGACUUCUCUUUCAAGUGUUUCCAUAUAUUUCUUCAUAUUCUUUUUUUUGUCCUGAUGAGUUUUUCUUUCUUCUUACUGUACAUAUUGUUGAAGUUUUUCUCUAUCACCACUUGAGAUUUGUUCUCCUUGUGAGUCUCAUUGUUUUUUAAUGCCACUAGCAUUUGAUAUGUCAAACUGACUUUGUCUUUCUUGGAAUUAAUAAGCUAAAGCUUUAGCA